AUGUCGUUAGCAAAAUAUAAAAGAGUUUUACUUAAGGUUUCUGGGGAAGCUUUAAUGGGUGAUAAGCAAUUUGGUCAUGACUAUGAUGUGAUAGAGAGAAUAGCGCGAGAUGUUAAAGAAGUUAUAGAUCUUAAUAUAGAAGUGUGUAUUGUAAUUGGUGGGGGGAAUAUAUAUCGUGGUGUUGAUGUAUCAUUAGUGGGUACAGAGAGAGCUGCAGCUGAUUAUAUUGCAAUACCAAUGAUGAAUAUUUGUGAACCUUAUAUUCGUCGCAAGGCUAAACGACAUAUUGAGAAAGGACGGUUGGUGAUAUUUGCUGGUGGUACAGGAACUGGAGUUAACGGUGUAUAUGAUUUUGACCCAAGAAAGAGUCCUAAUGCAACGAGAUAUGAGACUAUUAGCUACAAUAAUGUGUUAAAAGAUAAUUUACAAGUUAUGGAUAUGGCUGCUAUUGCAGUAGCCAGAGAGAAUAAAUUACCAAUAAAAGGUAAUUUUGUUAAAGUGCUACAAGGUAAAGCAGAAUAUACAAGAAUUCAAGAAGGAAAUUAA